GUAGUAGUAAUAGUGGUGGUGGUGGGGGUGUAGUAGUAGUACAAAAAAAACAAACCUACAGAAUGUGGUGCAUGUCACGUGACUGCAUGCCAUGCGUCCUAACAGGCUUAAUUUGACAGAUGACUGAAUAGGCUGAUGCGAAAGUCAUGUGCUCAGUAAAUCCUGGACAUCAGACUCGUAUAAGUUAUAAUUUUCUGCUAUUGAUUAUUCUCCAGGUUGGCCUACGCAAGGUGGAGGGAGUAUGGCCGUUACCACAAACUUUCACUUCCUCGACGGAGAGAUAUCCACUGAAGCCCCAGACUUUCUACUUUGGUUACCGACAACAAUCAGCCGCCCAGCAGGGCUGCUCUGUUCUGGAUGUUGCCUUCAAAAGAUACUUUUCUGUUAUUUUUCCAGGCUACACUUCUGGAAAUGAUCACCUGCGAUGUGAGGGUAAAGCAUUUUUUGUUGAAAUCAGCGUCGACAGUCGUGAUUGUGAGAGUUAUCCAAAGGAGGACUCCUCCGAGAGAUACAAUCUGAGUGUCGCUGAUGGACAAGCAUCUCUGAAUGCAGAGACAGUGUGGGGAGCUCUAAGAGGUUUGGAAACGUUCAGUCAGUUGGUGUAUCAAGAUGAUUAUGGCUCGUAUUUUGUGAAUAAAACAGACAUUGAAGACUUUCCACGGUUUCCGUUCAGAGGACUUUUACUGGACACUUCACGUCACUAUUUACCAGUUUCAGCCAUUUUAAAAACUCUGGAUGCAAUGGCGUACAAUAAGUUCAACGUUUUUCACUGGCACAUUGUUGAUGACCCCUCCUUCCCUUAUCAGAGCCGCACCUUUCCCAACCUUUCCAAGCAGGGGGCUUUCCAUCCGAUGACUCACAUCUACAGGCAGUCAGACGUGAGGAGGGUGAUCUCAUAUGCCAGGAUGAGGGGAAUAAGGGUCCUUCCGGAGUUUGAUUCACCAGGCCACACAAAAUCUUGGGGAAGAGGGCAGCCAGACCUGCUGACGUCCUGCUACAAAAGAGGGAUUCCGUCUGGCACUUUUGGUGCUGUUAAUCCGGCACAGCCUUCCACUUAUCAGUUCAUGAUGUCACUAUUUAAAGAAGUGUCAUCACUGUUUCCUGACUCCUACAUCCACUUAGGAGGCGAUGAAGUGGACUUCUCCUGCUGGAGAUCCAACCCUUACAUUCGUGCAUUCAUGCAGAAGAUGGGAUUUGGAGUAGAUUUCCCUAAACUGCAAGCCUUCUACAUGGAGAACAUUGUGAACAUUACGUCUGCUCUCAACAAGACAUCUAUCGUGUGGCAGGAUGUUUUUGACUACCACGAACAACUCAGUUCUCUGUCAGUGGUGGAGGUGUGGAAGCAGGGCUGUUACCUGUGCGAGGUCCGCAGGGUGGCGAAAGCAGGGAUCAGGGUCAUUCUGGCCUCUCCGUGGUAUCUGGACCAGCCAGGGCCCACACACAACUGGGCCCGCUACUACACUGUGUGGCCCCUUGCCUUCACAGGUACUGAGGACCAAAAGCGUUUGGUGAUCGGAGGCGAGGUCUGCAUGUGGGGAGAGUAUGUUGAUGCUGCUAAUCUCUCUCCUCGGCUCUGGCCCAGGGCAAGUGCUGCUGCGGAGAGACUGUGGAGUGAUGAGAAGCAGACCUCCAGUGUGGACAAUGCAUUUCCUCGACUGCAAGAGUUUCGAUGCAAGCUCCUGAGGCGUGGAGUCCAAGCAGAGCCUCUGCACGUGGGACACUGCAAACACGAGUACCAAGGUGUUUGAGGAUGCAGUUUACUGAGGAUUUAAAUCAAUUAAGUUAAUGGUUUCAGUGUUAGUUAAAAAGUGUUGUGUUUUUUUUUUUUAUUUAACGUUUUUGACUAUAAGAACUAUUAAGAUUCUUCAUUAUUUUGUUUUUCCAGCUUAGAGUAAAAAUGUAAAUACUCCAGCGCUUUCUCAGGGACUUAUUUAUAUUUUCUUCUUAGUCCUUUUUUUUUAUUUUAAAGUAAACUUUAUUUUAAAUUACUGUUUGAAUAAUGAAUAACCUUAAUAUAGAAAUGUGAUGCAAUGUGUAUAUCCU